AUGACGAUCUGUACUUAUAACGCACGCACGCUUGCAUCGGAAAUGACCAUCGAAGAUCUGAUGAUGCAAGAUGAGAAGAUUAAGUACGACGUCAUCGGACUGACCGAGACGAGACGAAGCCACCCUCUCAAUGCCGAACAUGCGGUUCAAUGCCAUUUCCUUGCCUUCGUCGCUUACGCUCCAGCAUCAAGCUACACAGCAGAAGCCGAAGCUUUCUAUGUGGAUCUGAAGAUGUUCUACAGAAAACAGCGCACCUUCUACAGGGUCGUUGUUGGUGGUAUUAACGCCAAAAUUGGACCGGCAUUACAAGAACAUCAUCAUCGACGCCGAGAGGGAUCCGACAUUGUGAUACAGUACCACCUCAAAUAUUCGCGAAAUCUGGAAUGGGACGAAAUGGGAAUGACGGAUCGGCCACGCGGAGCGAAUGCUCUCUACGAAACGAAACAUGUGCAUCGGUCUUCUGUUUCAGCCGAAUCUGAAAAAGAUGAUGUUCAUGAGAAACGGAUGGAUCUUGGAUGCCGUAUCUACGCUCAACGGAACUAA